AUGACGCCUGCACCAGUCGCCUCAUCCAAGAAACGUCCCUUGCCGCGAGCACGACACGCAUGUCUCAGAUGUCGGAAGCAGAAGUUGAGAUGCGAUGAUACUAGACCGUGCGCCUUGUGCUUGCGCGUUGGAGUCGAAUGCACGGAGCGUCCCGAAAACAGGGGACUAGUGAAACCGUCCGCAGGACUUGCAGGGAGCACUGACACAUCCACCAUCGGCCAGUUUGAUGAUAGUCAGCAACCCGCUCCAUCACCUCGAACUUCCAUCUCUCUUGGCCGUCGGUCCAGCCCUGUCCCGGUCUUGUCGCAUAAAAAUCGAUCUUCCUCAUCGGCACGGAGUCCACAAGAGCCUGGGAGGCGGUCAUCUGAGGUAUAUCGAGAAAGAACGUCAACAUACGAAGUAGUGGACCAGCUCUUCAGAGAACACAACUCGGCAGCGAGGCUAUUCCAUUCAACGGAUGCGAUUCCUGGUAGUAGCCCGGACGUGAGGUCUUCUGAAGCCAGCGGCCACUAUCUCCCCAUAAGUGAUUUGCUUGGGAUGGAAUUGCCGCCCUCCCAUGUAAUCGACUACGCUCUGGAAAGUUAUUCGGAUUCUGUGCACUGGUUCAUGUUAUUGUUUCAUGGACCGUCCUUGAGAGCUGAACUACAGGGUCUUACCACGACAGGUUUUGUGCGUGCGGAUCGAAUCUCCUUUUUGGUUCUCUUUUUGUUGGUCAUUGGCAUCGGCGCCAAGUACACCACCAAGUCUGAGGCUGAAGAAAUAUGUCCGGGCUUUGAUAUGGAUAGCCUGGGGAACACACUCAUCCAUAAAGUUGAAGAGCGGCUUCUUGAUAUCUUCGAUCAAGCUAAUAUUGAGGCCGUUCAAAUCUCAAUCCUCCUUUCCUCAUACUAUGCCUACCAUAGCCGGCCAAACCGCAGCUUUGCCUUGAUGGGGAGCGCACUUAAAGUCGCGCAAGCUCUGGGCCUGCAAAAGGAGUCGAACUGGAAGAUGGACGACCCUAUUCUGCGAGAGGUAUGGCGACGGUUAUGCUGGGCCCUCUACACAGCGGAAGUAUUUAGUGCUAUCAGCUUUGGGACGCCCUGUAACGUACAUGACAGCGAUUGGGACGUCUCUUUCCCUGGAAACAUCGACGACACUUCAUUGACCUGCCCAGGAUUGGAAUCUAUGGAAACCUAUGAGGAUGAAACAUUCGGCCCAGUUACUAUAGCAUCAUAUCAGAGAUACAAGUUUCGCCUCUAUCGAAUCGCUUCGACAAUCACUCGAAAUAUCUAUCUCCGGAGUGGGGCAACUCUUCCUGAAGUGGUCGGAGAGAUCAAGGCAAUCAAUCAUCGCCUGCUUGAGUGGGAAAAAUGCAUACCGCGGGAAUUGCGACUCAAGUAUUUGAAAUACAAUAGCGGAGAUAGGACAAUUAGAAGGACUAUCAGAACCUUCCAGCUUCAAGCCCUUACCCUCCAACUUUCCUAUGACAACAUUCAGUUGGUUCUGCACCGGCCACUGUUGACAAUAAACCGCGUGCCUCGAUGGCCUCCCGGGGUACCACAACCGGGCAACGAUUCCGACCAGAUAACGCUUAACGUCUCCAACGAUGCAGUCGACACCAUGAUCAGGACAAGCAAGUACCAGUGCUGGGUUUCCUCGAUGAGAACGUCCAAAAUCGGAGAACAUGCUGAAAUCCUUGCUGCUUCUCAGAACACCCAUGGAGCGGCUUAUGCUGGAAUCCAGUCCUUCACUGCUGGUGUUGUCCUCGGCAUCUUUGCGCUAUCGGAUCCUCUUUCAGAUCAGGCUCACCAGGCGAAACGUGCCGUGAGUAGAAUUAUUAAGCUUCCCCGGCUUCACCGGUUCCGCACGACAGUAUCCGACCAAUGCGGUGCAAUUCUGGAAGAGCUUGUUCGGUUGGUUCUUGCGGAGGAGAUGAAAGCCUUAUUAACGGAGGCAGAGUCCUCUGGUCAAGACUAUGUACAGAACAGGCUCGCGGAUGAACGCACUACCGUCGAUCAACAUUCCCCUGCUUCGGUGUGUGGUAAACAGCAACCUGUAGUAGACGGGAAUGACGUGCCAGAACAGGCCGCAAAGCUCUCCGACAGGAAUGGCACGGACGCAUUCGAGUUGUUUUCUCAGCAUAGUUUAGACCUCCCUCGAGACAUCGCUUCUGGCAAUUUCAGUGACGCUCUCGUCUCUCUGCAAGAUGGUUUGAUACCCCAAGUCUUCAUCUUUCUUUUUCUAACGAGCUGCAGUGUUUCGUGA